AUGAAGCGCCUUACUGUAUCUGCCAUCCUUGUGGUCUUCCUGUUGACUCCAUCGCUUGCUCUGAUGAAUCCCAGUGACAGCAGCCAUCCUCUGGAUGGGUCUGUUGGGACCCAGAGCAUCCAUGUCAAUGCCUUGCGAGGUAUAGUCAGCAUCAGAGACAACAAUGUUUUGAGUGAAUGGGAUGGAAUCUUGGACUACAAGAAUGCCCUCCUGGUGACUAAACUGUUUAACAAGAUGGCCUGUGUCCUGGCCAAGAUGGACCAAGCUGUUUUCCCGACUCUGGAUGACAUUAGGAAGGCCCUAGACCAGCAGACUAAAAAACAUUCUCCCUCCACUCGCGGCUUGACCUACACUGUGUUGCCCACCCGGGUCAAGAACCUAGCCCAGUAUGGAAUGGCCAUCAAGGACAUGUGCAGAGAGGUCCCCACCUACUUUGCCCACCAGCAGAAAGAAGGUUCUGCCCUCGCAAUUGACCCUGAUUCCUGUUCUGAGCUCCACCUUCUGUCCUUUAUGGGAAUCUCCAUCUGUGGUGAGAUCCCUGGACUCUGA